ACAAAAGAAGUGAUUAGUUAGGAAGUAGCAGCAAAUAUUACUAUACUAAAAUACUAGUAGGAGUGGAUUGAGGAGAGAACGAGAAGAAGGUGAAGUCGAAGAAGUGAAGGUGUUGAGUGUUUUCUUCUUGUUUGGAUCUGAGAGAGAAGAGCGAGCGAUGACGGUCUUUCAUUUCUUCAACUGCGCCAUUCUCACCUUCGGCCCCCACGCCGUCUACUAUUCUGCCACGCCCUUAUCUGAGUAUGAUACACUCGGAACCUCUAUCAAAGCCGCUGUUGUUUAUCUUGCAACGGCAUUAGUGAAGCUUAUUUGUCUAGCUACUUUUCUCAAGGUUUCGGAGAGUGAUAGCUUUGAUCCGUAUCAGGAGUUUUUGAAGGCAUUAAUAGGCUUUAUAGAUGUUGCUGGGCUUUAUUUUGCCUUGACCCAGUUGACUCACAGGAACAUCUCUCAGAAUCAUAAAUUUCAAGCUGUUGGACUUGGCUGGGCGUUUGCUGAUUCUGUACUGCAUCGAUUGGCUCCUCUUUGGGUUGGUGCCAGAGGAUUAGAAUUUACUUGGGAUUACAUUCUUCAGGGCCUUGAAGCUAAUGCAAAUUUGGUGUUGAGCAUAUCCCUCGCUGCACUUGGAUCUUUGAUGUGGCUUCGAAAAAAUAAACCCAAGACCCUCAUCCCUAUUAUAUAUUUGAGUGCAGGGAUUGUAGCAACUAUGCCAUCUAUCACAAGCUAUCUGAGGCGUGGAUUGGGGUGGCACUUUCCCAAAGUGGUAGGUUUUGAGCUCUUCACAUCCCUGGUGAUGGCUUUUAUAAGCUGGCAACUGUUUGCUGCAUGUCAGAGACCUUCAGUGUGAGAAACCUCAUUACAUAAUGAUCGAAUCCUGCUUAACUAUUUUCUGGCUAGAGUUUUGAUCCAGGGUCAUCUGUUUCUUUUUGCUGCUGCAAUGCUGUUUCUUUAAAUUUCAAGAAUGUUUUCUUGCGGUAGAAUGUUGGCUGCAAUUCAUUAGAAAUUUUUGUUUAUUCAGAAAAUUAGAGAUAUUUACCCCGAACAUCUGGGAUUGAUAGGUUGCAAACACUUUCUCUUUGAAACCCCGUUGGAUAUCUCAUUAAUCCACGUCCCUUCCAUUAUUAACCACUCA